AUGAGGGGAAAGUGGGAGAAAGCAGAAGGCAGCCUCAGGCUCAGGCCCCAUCACACCCAGGUCCAGCCCUACAGGCAGCUUUACCGCGAAGAAGCCAUCCAUUGGAUCUGCCCUGAGAACAGGAGGGGUGCAGCCUCCACCAGCCAGGAAAAGGGCACCUACCCUGUGCCUCGGUCAAGAGCCAGGAACCAGGAAGGAAAAGCAAACAGGAUGUCUACUCACAGAGUUCCAGCAAUUCUUGGACAGCCACCAAGGAACUGUCCCCACAGGCCACACCCAGCACAUGAUGGGGGCAAUGCAUCCGGCACCAAGUGCCUCUCCUGCGGCUCAGCAGCUGUGUCCACCUCAGCUGCCCCAGGGACAGGUACAGUUGGGGUUUCUCACUUGCUCGAUUCUGACUGUGUCCAGAAGUCUUCUCCAGAGCAGGCAAGUUUUACCCUAGGUGGAGCUUGGUCACUCAGCAACAAGGAGAUUCCUCUGAAGCUCGUACAGUUUGGGGAAGAAGAGGAAAAAAGAGGAGGAGAGUGGAGCCGGAGGACGUGUCUGUGUCUUCUGGAGCCAGGGCCAGUGUGCCCCAUGCUGCAAGUCACCACUUGGAUCUAAUGGCCUUGCACUUUGGUGCUGGCUAUCCUUUUUCCCAUCUGGAGACUAAGGGUUUUCCAUUUUAUUUUACAAAGAAGCCAAAAGUAUGGCACAGUUACCAUAAUGAGGCCAAGUAAAUAGAACAGGAUGUCCUGGAAGUCUCCCGCCAAAUCACCAUACGUAGGGGAAAUGGGGAAUUGUAGUUAAAUGUACCUUUAUUUACAAAAUGUACAUUAUAAAAUUUUACAAAGUUAUGAUAUAGUCUCUGUAUGUUGGCCACCUCUUUAUAAAAUUUUGUAAUGAAUAUUUUGUAAAUAAAGGUACAUUUAGGGCGGCACCUGGGGCUCAAAGAGUAGGGCGCCAGUCCCAUAUACCAGAGGUGGCGGGUUCAAGCCCGGCCCUGGCCAAAACUGCAAAAAUAAAAAAUAAAGGUACAUUUAGCUACAAUUUCCCAUGUCCCCUACACCCUGUAUUACAAACCAAAUAAAAUUGUGAAAUAAAACACAGUUUUAAAAGUAAAAUAAGGCAAAGGGUCGCCAAACUUUUGCAAUUGAGAAGAAAGAUGCUUUUUAUCUUAUCUUCUCUACAUAUUUUUCAUUCUAAUUUCAUUGCUGGCAAAGCAAUUGCCUUUACCACAAAGCCGAUCUGAACAUUAUAAUGAACUC